AUGUCACCACUACUACACCCUUCAAGCUCAGACGAGGAUGUGCCUAUCCUGAUCGUAGGCGGAGGACCAUCUGGUCUUCUUUUGGCAUUCAUGCUCUCUCAACUAAAUGUUCGGUCUCUGGUCGUUGAGCGAUAUCCUACCAGACUGGCGGCUCCCAAAGCACACGCUCUUUCGCCCAGAUCCCUCGAAUUUUGCCGCCAGGCUGGGCUUGAUGUGAAUGAAAUUCGCAGCAUUGGCAGCCCUCGUGAAGAGGCACACUGGGUCAACUUCAUCACUAGCUUGUCGGGGAAGCAAGUGGGUCGCCUGCCUUAUGAACGCAUGGAUCCUGAGGUUUUGAAGGAUACGCCGACAAUGAUUCAUAAUAUUCCUCAGCCAUCAUUCGAAGAGAUGAUCGCCGAAAAGUUAUCCCAGACUGAUUUGGUUGAAGUUCGGAAGAAUCAUUCCUUCGUCAGCUUGAAGCAGGCAGACGGCUAUGUCAUCACAAGUAUUGAGGAUCGAGCUGCUAAGCAUGAAUACAAACUCAAAUCUAGACAUGUUGUCGCCUGUGAUGGAGCCAAGAGUGCCGUUCGAAAGUACCUUGGCGUUGAGAGCGAGGGCGAAGAGACCUGCGAAACUAUGAUGACGAUCCAUUUCAAUGCUAAUCUGAUGCCAGUGCUCAAGGAGCGUGUCGGCAUGCUCCACUGGGUUAUGGACCCUAUGGUAUCUGGAUUUAUUAUUGGCUAUGAUUUGACCGGGAAUCAAGUGCUCAUUUGCAAUUUUGAUCCUGAGAAACAUCCCGUGGAGUCAUGGAACGAAGAACACUGCCGUAAAGUGGUAGAUGCGGCAAUCGGUACGAAGGUUCCUUAUGACAUCCUUAGUUAUCGUCCGUGGGUUUUGAGCCGUAAAGUCGCCUAUUCCUAUAGGGUUGGCCAGGUCUUCUUAGCCGGAGAUGCCGCCCAUUCUUUUCCGCCAACAGGCGGUCUUGGUCUGAAUUCCGGGCUUGGAGAUGUUCACAACCUUGCAUACAAACUUGCAGCUGUUCACCAUGGAUGGGGUGGCGACAUGUUGCUUGACACUUACCAAGCCGAGCGACGUCAAGUGGCCCUGGUCAACUCAAACCAGAGCGUCAAGAAUGGAAAACAGAUAUUUGGUCUCCUUAAGGCCCUCGGUACUACGGAUCCAGACGUGGAUAUUGCGAGAAAAAAUCUCUACCGAAACAUUCAGGAUUCCGAAGCCAUGGUUCAAAUCAACAAAGGAAUUGAGGGCCAGCGAGAGCACUUUGAUAACCUCGGCCUACACAUUGGAUAUGUGUACGGUGACAAGGAAAUACCUCAAAAUGUCUCCCGUUUUGAAUCUCUGUGUGUUCCUGGCGCACGCCUUCCUCAUGCCUGGAUCAAAGUUGCCCCCGGGAUACUCCAAUUGCCUCCAAUUGAUUCCUCUUAUGUGCUUGAGUUCUCGAAGAAUCAGGUCCUGGAGAAACAGUUUUCCACCUUGGACCUGUGUAGCCUCGAUUCUUUCACUUUGAUCGUUGAUGAGGCUAGUGCGUCUAAGGUCAAAUCAAUGGUAGUGAAGGUUGUUGAAGCUCUUCCACCGAAGGUCGCGAAUCUUCUAUCAUUGCGAGUCUUGGUUCUUGGGCAGGACUUUACACUUCAACCUGGAUCAGAGAACCAGCAGUGGGCGAUGCUGAUGGAUUUGAAGGAACAAGCAAUUCUUGUCCGCCCAGAUCAGCAUAUACUAGCAUGCCUUUCGAUUGCAUCCAAGCCUAAAGAUCUUCUUGAACAUCUCGAACAGCAUCUGGCAUGGUAA